AUGAAGAAUAUAUUUGCUCCAUUCAUCAUCGGCCUGUCUAUAAUUGGCAGUGUGCUUGCAAUUCCAUCACCGGAUCCGAAUCCAUGGGGAAAUCGCCAUUAUGACCGCUGCUUGGACGAAAGGGAGGCCAAUGACAUUUUGAACCGUUGGAUCUCUUUGUUUGUGAACAUGGACUCGACGGUAGCGAGUCAAACGGUUACGGAAAAUUUCCAAUUAUUUUCUGACAGUAUAGACUAUCUCGCUGGGCGUCAACCCGGAAGCAUUACUGGCAUUCCGGUCUAUGCCAAUAUAUCGGCAUUUAUAGCUGGUCAAGAAGCAGACCAAGCGUCGGGCACGAAGGGAGGCUUCGCUGUUCGAUCUUGGUUUUAUGGUUGCACUGGUAUCUCCUUCGUCUGGCGGUAUGAUGGAACUACCGCAACCGGAAAUCACGUGGGGUUUGCUGGUAUCGAUCAUCUCCUGCUCGACCGGCAUAGCCAUCUUAUAUACCGGGCUUAUACAGAGGAAAACAAUGGCGAGCUACUCUACGAUCUUGGAUACGUCGUCUGUCCUCUGAAUGCAACAAACAGCACUUCGAGAUAG